AUGGAGGCUAUUGGGCGCAACCAGGCCACCGCCGCCCAGAUUCAGCGUCUCGAGGACGCAGCUCACAAUCCGCUGACCGGAAAGGAGUGGCCACAAGACCAUCAUCAACUUCUUCAAGAACGCCGCCAACUAUUGGCCUACAGACACUACCAAGAGAUCCUUGACGCCUAUCACAAGUCCCAAGUGAUGAUCUUGUCGGGCGAUACUGGUAUUGGCAAGUCAACCCAAAUCCCACAGCUUCUUGUCUAUGAUGAGUAUGGAAGUGAGCUCCGAAUUGCCUGCACUCAACCGCGCCGACUGGCCGCAACCGAGCUUGCCACUCGAGUUGCCGACGAGAUGGGAGUUGUCCUUGGAGAAGAAGUUGGUUACCAGAUCCGCGGCGACUAUAUGAUCGACAAACAUAAGCCGAAGAAGACUCGCCUCACUUAUAUGACCGAAGGAAUUCUCCUCCGCCAGUUGUGCGUGGACAGAAACUUGACGGCGUACUCAUGCAUCGUCAUUGACGAGGCCCACGAGCGGACUGUCGAUCUGGACUUGUUGCUGGCGCUUCUGAAAAAGGUCAUAAGCCGCCGCAAGGAUCUCAAGCUGGUCAUCAUGUCGGCAACUCUGGAUGCGGCAUUGUUUCAGAAAUAUUUUGACAACUGCCCAUUGGUUCACAUUGCUGGCCGCAGUUUUAACGUUAAGACGAUAUAUUUGCGAGAGCCUGGUCCAGACUUCGCCGUUCUGGCUGCGGCUCAUGUGGUGGAUAUUCAUCAGCACGGGGAGCCAGGCCACAUUUUGGUGUUUUUGCCUGGAGAAAACGAGAUCGAGCGAGUUUGCAAAUUGGUUCGUGGAGAAACCGAUGGUCUUGAUGUCUUCCCUCUGUACUCGUCACUACCUGCUGCCAACCAGAGACGUGCACUGCGCUCGUCUGGUCCGAAUCGCAAAUGUAUCGUGUCGACCAAUAUUGCAGAGACCAGCCUCACCAUCAAAGAUGUCGUCUACGUUGUUGACAGCGGAUUGUCAAGACAGAUGAUAUUCAAUCCUCGUCUCCGCAUGAGCGUGCUCGGGAUUAGACCAAUCUCCCAGGCUUCAGCGAUCCAGCGUAUGGGUCGGGCUGGACGGACCAGAGACGGUGUCUGCUACCGACUUUACACCAAGGAAGGCUAUGAUCAAAUGGCUCCUUCUACUGAGCCUGCCAUCCGCUGCUCGUCUGUCGAGUCGGUAAUAUUGAGAUUGGUGGCCGCUGGCUACAGAAAGGUCAUGGACUUUGACUGGCUUGAUGCUCCCCAUCCAGAGUCAAUCGCACGUGCCGUCCAGGAUCUUCGAGAUUGGGAAUUUCUAGAUGACGACGCUAAGCUCACUCAGUCCGGUCAUUAUGCUGCCUAUUGUCCACUGGACCCAAUCUGGUAUCGAGCCAUUAAAACUGCUGCCAAGUUUGGCUGCUCUCUGGACAUGCUCGACAUCGCCGCUCUGUGCACCACUCAAACAUCCAUCUUCUUGCGUCCAUCUGGAUAUCAGCAGGCCGCAGAUUUACUCAGGACACAGUUCGCACACCCGUUAUCGGAUCAUCUCACCCACUUGAAUGCCUUCAAUGCCUACAUGCGCGCGAGAGAGGCACUCCAAGAGCGGUUCAGCGACCCCCGAAGUAUCCUUGAAGAAUGGUGUAUGGAGAAGUUCUUGAAUAUGCGGGCUCUAGAAGAGGUCUGCAUAGCACGAGAAAUGGCGGCACGCUUCCUCAAGGGCAAGAUUGCGCCAUCCAGGGCAUCAGUUAUGGAUAUGACAAGUGUCCGAAAUGCUUUAGCAGUCGCCCUCUGUACCCACACUGCUAUUCACUACAGUGGUGAUGUUUACCGAACGGUCCAUGAGAAUACUGACGCACUUUUGUCACCAGCCAGCUCUCUGGUAGGUCGCAACCACGAGUGGAUUGUGUAUACCACCCUACAUAAGACGGGAGGGAAACAACAACUACAGAUAGCUACGGCAAUCAAUGCUGAAUGGCUGGUGGAUCUGCCUUUUUUUCAGGGAGCCAUAAUGCCAAAAACUGGCAAGGGUUUACUCAGACAGCCUCAAGUCAAGAAAUCCCUCGAUGAUGCAAAGGCUAGAAUGGAGGCGCGCAACGAACGCCAAUGA